AUGUCGCAAAAUUUAAACUCAGGAUAUGUGACCAAUGAAGUUACCACAAUCGCUUCUUUUGAAACGGGUACCAAAUUAAACGAAUCCUCGGGAAUUACGAGUAGUAUACAAGAAGUUCGAGAUGUGAACGAUGUCGAUCUUGAAAAGGGAAAAGACAAAGAUGUCAAAGCCGAAAUGACCAAAACCCAAGUUAUAUUGGUUUUUGUUGGUCUUUGCUUUGGUUUGUUUCUGGCUGCAUUGGAUCAGACAAUAGUAGCGACCGUGGUGCCUAAGAUUGCAGUCGACUUUAAAGAUCUUGACAGAAUCGCGUGGAUUGGAACAUCUUAUAUGCUCACAGUGUCAGCUUUCCUACUAACGUAUGGGAAGCUCUCGGACAUAUUCGGAAGGAAAAUAACGUUUUUAGCAGCAAUCAUAAUUUUUGAAAUUGGAUCUUUGUUAUGCGGUCUUUCUAAAAGCAUGACAAUGAUCAUUAUCUCACGCGCCAUUGCCGGUGUGGGCGGAGGUGGUAUCAUUGGGAAUGAUUGGUGGAUGUCUAAAAAAAAAACUAGCUUCGGUGUUGCUUCAGUACUCGGACCUGUUCUGGGUGGAGCUUUCGCAGAUAAUGAGAAGAUAACAUGGAGAUGGGCGUUUUACAUUAACCUUCCCUUAGGUGCUAUAACAAUUAUUGUGUCACUACUAUUUCUUCAUCUUCAUCAAUCUACUGGAUCUUUUCGUGAAAAACUUGUACGUAUUGAUUGGUUGGGAACUCUCGUGAUUGCUGUCUCUACAGUCUUAAUACUGCUCGCGCUAAACUGGGGUGGAAACGAGUAUGCAUGGAAUUCUUCUUUAAUUAUUGCUUUACUUGUCACCGGUGUGACUGGAUUUAUCCUUUUCGGAUUUGUGGAAUCUCAUUUUGCUUUAGAACCUUUAGCUCCCAUUCGAUUGUUUAAAUAUCGCACCGUGUCUGUUAGUUUGUUUGUAAAUAUUUUCCAUGGAAUGGCCUUUUUCUCAAUCCUUUAUUUUAUUCCGCUGUUUUACGAAGUUGUUGAUGAGGAUAACGCAAUAAAUUCUGGCCUCAAGCUUCUUCCAUUUGUUAUUGGCGUUGUGUUUUCGAUUAUCUUUUCAGGACAACUUAUCUCAAGAACGUCGAAAAUUCCAUAUAAAGGGUAUUGUAUAUCCAGUGGUAUACUAAUUACAGUAUCUAUUGGAUUAAUGAGCACCCUUAACGAAUCAUCGAAUCGUGGUCAACAGAUUGGAUACUUAUUGAUUGGUGGGAUUGGGAUUGGUUCGAUUAUCCAAACAACUUUGUUGGCUGGACAAGAGGUUGUAGAAUAUGAAGAUAUUGCGUCAAUUACAAGUUUGCUAACUUUCGCUAGAAUGAUGGGAGCUGUACUGGGUCUUUCUAUUAUUGGAUCAGUCUUUAAGAAUGAACUUUCCAAAAAUCUGGAUUCUGCAAGAAAUGAAAUAGUUCAACUUGCUCCCUUUUUGCCACCCCUAACGUCAUCAAACCUUGUCAAUAUUAUUGCCAACUUUUCGAGCCACUUGCCCCAAAAGGUGAUGGUACUCAUAAUCGAACAAUUCACGAAAUCCUUGAACACCUCAUUUAAGGUGGCAACUUCCUUUGGAAUCAUGAUAUUUUUAUUUUCGUUAUUUAUGGGGAAUGAAAAACCUGGCUUUAAAAAAAGGGAGGGUGAAGGUGAUAGUGCACUG